UUUACACUGACAAUCGAAGCACCAAUCAGAAUAGGCUUCCGGAAGAGUUAACCAAUCGCAUAACAGAGGGUGAUUUGAACGUGCUUGGUCAGCGUGGAGGAUGGAAUGGCUAGCAGGUGCCCGACAAGGUGGCAUGAAUUAGUCCAGGAUUUCGGACACAUUUGACCAUGGAUUUUUCGUCGAAGCAGGAGACAGAUGUCUACAUUGGCCCAUACAGGGCUACAAAGUUGUGGAAUGAAAUCAUUCAUACAUUCCGGAAGAACAUGCCAUGUGGCCGGCAUCGUCGAUACAUGAGAACAUACGACAACUGCUUUGUUGCAUCAGGUGCCGUUGACUGGCUUUUAAAACACCUUAGAUGUAAUCCCAAUUUUGGUCCAGAAGUCACCAGGUGUCAGACAGUGCAGCUCUUGAAGAAACUCUUCAAGUCAGGAGUUUUUGAGGACGUCAGGACGUCCAAACAUGGACGAUCAGACUUUAUAGACAAUGGCAGACUCUACAGGUUUAUUCACAAGUCGCCACCUCGUGCACCGCGCCCUGUUCUCGUCCCUCGUGCUAACUAUGUGAAUGGGGAGUCAAAGGUCGGGUCAAAGGAUGACCUGGCAGCAAACCUCCCCGAGCCCAUCCUACAGGAGUGCCACCUGGUGGGCCGUGUACUGGCGGCUGAGGAGAUAGAGGAUGUCUGGAAGAGUCUCACACUGCACAGGUUACAGCAGACGCUGGGGACAAUAGACCUAGGUGAGAUCCUCGACAGCAGCUACGUCAAUGGGCGCAACAUCCACCACAACUGCCUCUACGUCAACAAGAGCGGCAUCGUCACCAACAUCGAGGCUAAAGACCAACUGCCUCACUGGGCCAUGUCUGCAAUGAAGUGCCUUGCUCGCUGGCCUGAGAAAGUGGAUGACAACCUUCCGAGCUACCCUGGUUUUGAGAAGGACGUGUUUGGGGUUGUGAAGGACUAUUUCUGCGGUCUGGCAGAACCGUUGAUGACCUUUGAGAUGUAUGAGGUCAUUACGAAUGUAUUUGUGCAAUCCGAGAACCGCCUGCCUCGUCAUUCAUCCCCGAGUAACGCCAGUAACCGGUCCACUCCCAAGUCAGCCACCUGGUCGUACGCAUCACUUGAAAACCUGCUCAUAGAUAUCGUCAGAAGCACUGGCAUAGACACCUCGCCACACCAGCAUCGGCUUGGCCUGCACAGCUCCUCAACCCUUAACCUUUCGACCUUUAACCCUGCUGCAGAGAGCACUAACAUACACAUAGAGAAGAAGUACGGGUCAAGUCCGGAGUUGAAGGUCACCCGUUAUGAGACAGCAUUUGGUCCCGAGAACAAGACUGUCACAAGGGUUUUCUACACGAACGGAGUCGCAACGGAUUAUGGACAUUGUGGCUACGGUUUGGAAGAGAGCUGUAUGCCACUUGAAACUCAUUUUGACAUGGAGCCAGAAACAAGUUCAUCAUCAGCAAGCAACAGCAGUCAAGUUAACUUUGAAAGGGCUCAGUCCCUGGAGCGGCUGAACAUGGAGCCCCUCCGUACUACCUCUGACAGGGGGACCGACUACUGUUACAACUAUUCUGCAAAUUCAAGCGGCUUCUAUGAAACACCCCCUUCUCAGAGAGACAGCUUCCACUCUGUCAAAAGUCAUAAUAGUGGCAACAAUUCCGCCCGAUCUACUCGAUCAGCCAGAGGGUAUAUCUCCCGAACCUCGGCCAGGAAUUCCUCUUCUGUCUCCUCGAAUCAUAAACCUGUUCUGGAUGGAGCCAAGCUGCAGAGGAACAAUCGGAUGUUCAGCGCUUCGUCCCCAGAUCUUCCCGGCCUGGCUAACUCUGCUCCUAGAACCAUGUCAAGAAUUCCUGAUAAGAAUACUUUUGAACUUCAUGGCCCAAGUAUUAGCAUGGCUGAUCUGAACUCUCCUGAGAAGAAUACUUCUGGUUCAUCAUCGUUCAGAUGGCGGAGAUCGGCUUUCCUUAACUUGGGGUCGGAGGACACAGAGGAGCGAACUCGCCGCGCGCUGCGCCUCGUGUGUCUGCUGCUACCCCCGGCCAACCGCCGCCGUCUGCAGCUGCUGCUGAAGCUGAUGUACAAGAUGUGUAACAACCAGGACCUGUGUCUGGACAGGACACAGACAACCAGGCAGCUGUUACUGGACACCUUCACUCGCACCAUCCUCAGCUCCCACGAAGAAGCCGACAUGGAUGAACUCCUCGUCCGGCAAAUCGUCUCUUUCCUCAUCGACAACUACGCCGAGAUCAUGACCGCGCCCCUUGACCUCAAGGUCGCCGUGGAAGAGAGGCUGAAGGACAUGCAGAAGCCACAGAUCGUGUACUCACCCGGAGACCCCGCUCUUUCCCGUUACUGCACGCAGGUCUCGGUGGAGCAGUAUGAGACCCUGAAGCUGAGUAGCUCCCAGAAGGCCCUGGCCGAUCUCCUGGAGGAAAUCAUUGCAGAUCAGUCCAUGUCAAUCAAGGACAAGAAGAAACGGUUGAAACAAGUGAGCAAGGCUUUAGACAGUUCCACAGAGUUCUCCAAAACAUACCCCAGUCUGUACUAUCGCCGCUUCCCGACUAGCGAGAGUGAGGCUGAGGUUAUACCUCCGAAGCCGAAGAUAAAGCCGCCCCUCCUGGUGAAGCCCCUGAUGAAGCUGCGAGGACUCCGACUGUGACGUGGCGGGAUGGGGACGAAUAUCUAGUCAUCAUGUGAUGGACCUAGUGCUAGAGAUCGGACAACAUCUAUGGAUAGAGUUUGCCUCUCGAUUAAUUUAUUGGUUCAAUUUUGUCAUUUUGAUGUAUCUUGUUUGACUUUUGAUAUAUAUAUAUCAGAUUUAAAUCUGGUAUUUAUUUUGAUAUUUGAAAAAUGAUCUCAAAAUUAAUAUUUCAGGGAAACGUUAAUGCAAAUUUGAUGGAAUGAGUACAUACAAUUACAGAAACUGCUCUUUCCAUUUUAACGGUAAUAUGUGUAGGUAUUUUGAUCUUAACUAAAGGCUUGUCUUCGUUAUCUGCCAUCAUUCGAUAUCCAGUGCAUUCUGUCUCCAUUCUAUUAUGAUAAAUACCCAAGGCCUUUUGCCACCAGGACUGCCUCAGUGGUCUAGUGGUAGAGCAUCCCCGGAGAGCGGACGGUCCAGGGUUCGAUCCCCGACCAUGUCAUACCAAAAGACGUUAAAAGAUGGUACUUGUUUUUACCCUGCCUUGCGCUCAAU